CUUUCCACCCCUUCCUGUCCGGACACUUUCCCCCCUUCCAGUCCGGACACUUUCCCCCCCCUUCCAGUCCGGACACUUUCCCCCCCUUCCAGUCCGGACACUUUCCCCCCCUUCCAGUCCGGACACUUUCACCCCCUUCCAGUCCGGACACUUUCCCCCCCUUCCAGUCCGGACACUUUCCCCCCCUUCCUGUCCGGACACUUUUCCCCCCUUCCAGUCCGGACACUUUCCCCCCCCUUCCAGUCCGGACACUUUCACCCCCUUCCUUCCCGGACACUUUCCCCCCCUUCCUGUCCGGACACUUUUACCCCCUUCCAGUCCGGACACUUUCCCCCCCUUUCCAGUCCGGACACUUUCACCCCCUUC